AAUAUCCUUGCUGUGAUCCUUGCUUGUGAAAAUGAAUGCUAUAAAUGCAAUUGUGCAUUUAGCCAAUAAUGCCGACCCAGCGCGACGUAGAAAGCUCUACCGCCAACGAAGCAACCCAUUCGAUUUGCGGGACCUAAAUUUUAAAAUAAAAUAUAGGUUCAAUAAGGACACAGUGCGCACCAUCAUAGAUUUGGUGGAAGAUGAUCUGGUUCAGAGCGCUAGAGGUGGUGGCACGUGUCCUGAACUGCAAGUUUUAGUGGCCAUAAGAUGUUGGGGACGUCGUGAGGUACAAGAUGAUGCUGGUGACCUCCAUGGCCUAAGUCAGCCGACAGUGAGCCGGAUAUGCGCCAGAGUCGCGCAUGCAAUCGCGAAUAAGGCAAAUUCCUUCAUCAAAAUGCCUAUCACUAUAGGAGAGCAGGAAAGAAUUAGUGCCAAAUUUAGAGCAAUUAAAAAUUUUCCUGGGGUGAUAGGAGCCAUAGAUUGCACCCACAUUAAAAUUAAAAAAACCGGAGGUGACAUGGCCCAGUACUAUAUUAAUAGAAAAGGCUAUUAUUCCCUGAAUGUUCAGGUUGUCUGUGAUGCUGACCUCAAAAUAAUGGAUAUAGUGGCUAGAUGGCGAGGCAGUACACAUGACAGUCGAAUUUUUAUGGAGAGCAAUAUAAAACAACGAUUUGAGGAUAGGCAGUUUAGAGGACGCCUUAUUGGCGAUUCGGGCUACCCUCUUCUGCCAUAUCUAUUUACACCUAUUUUAAGGCCUAGUCGUCCAGAAGAAGAAGCAUACAAUAAUGCUCACAUCUCAACUAGGAACACUGUUGAAAGGUGUUUUGGGGUGUGGAAGCAGCGGUUCCAAUGCCUACUCCAUGGCUUACCAGUAAGCCUCCAAAAUGGAAAAGCUGUGAUCAUAGCAUUGGCUGUAUUACAUAAUAUAGCCAUUGAUAUGAAUGACACAUUGUUAGAACAACAUAUGGAGCAGGUCCCUGUAACUCCGCAACUUUCGACGGAGAACAGUGUUCACGACAACCGACCUUCAUUGUUGAGGCGUAGGUCGCAGUUGAUACUACAAAAUUUUAUAAAUCAACAUUUUUGAAUGAUACUGUUCCUGGCAUCUUAAUGAAAAUAAAAAGAAUAUUUGAUUGAAA